AUGACACGAGUAAGUGUGCACAAGUGCUACUGUGGGCUGUUGUUUUUGUCGCUGUUGCUGCUCGCGGGGUUGGCCGAAGGGGCCAUCGGUCCAAGGGGGUACGGGGCGAGGUUUGGCAGGGCGCCUCUGCUCGAGAGGUUCGCUUGGAGGAUACUCGACUGGAACUACCCGAGUGAGAUCAGUAGACAACAGGCGCUGGCCAGUGGGGAUUUUCAGCCGGAAAAUGCUUUGCCAGUUGGUGUCGAGAUCUGGAGGGACAAGCUCUUCGUUACCGUGCCCAGGUGGAAGAAUGGAAUACCAGCUACGCUGAAUUACAUACCGCUGGACGCGGUGCGCGGUGGUUCCCCCAAGCUGACGCCCUACCCUAGCUGGGCGCAAAACGUAGCCGGGGCAUGUGGAACCGGCCUCACCACUGUGUACAGAAUACACGCGGACGCGUGCGACAGACUAUGGGUGCUGGACGUCGGGACUGUGGGGAUCGGCAACACGACCGUCCAGGCUUGCCCGUACACCAUCAACGUCUUCGACCUGACCACCGAUAAGCUCAUCAGGCAGUACAGGCUCAGGCCCGAGGACGUCAACCAGAACACGUUUAUCGCGAACAUAGCCGUGGAUCUCGGUAAGGGGGGCUGCGACGAUGCCUUCGCUUACAUGUCGGACGAGCUCGGGUACGGGCUGAUCGUGUACUCGUGGCAGCUGAACCGCUCAUGGCGCGUCUACCAUAGUUACUUCAUGCCGGACCCCCUGGCCGGGGACUACAACAUCGCCGGGUUGAACUUCCAGUGGGGCGAGGAGGGCAUAUUCGGCAUGAGCCUCUCGCCCAUAGCCCUCGAUGGCUUUAGGACCUUGUUUUUCCAUCCGCUGAGCAGCAACCGGGAGUUCGCCAUCUCCACGAGGAUACUCAGGGACGAGAGACUCGCCGAGGACAGUUGGCACGACUUUCAGGUACUACCGGAGCGUGGCCCGCUGAGCCACUCGACGGCCGAGGUGAUGGACGAGAACGGGCUGCAGUUCUUCAACCUGAUAGAUCAGAACGCGGUCGGGUGCUGGAACUCGCUCCUACCCUACGCCCCGGCGAACCAAGCCGUCGUAGCCCGCCACGACGAGGCCAUGAUUUUCCCGGCCGACGUCAAGGUGAAUCGAGGCCUGCUCUGGAUAAUGACGGACCGUAUGCCGGUGUUUCUCGAGUCGACGCUCAACUACACGGACGUGAACUUCCGGAUAUUGACGGUGCCGGUGCGGGACGCCAUAGCCGGGACCGUCUGCGACAAUUCACCCUGGACGUACUCGGGCAACCAGCUGUGGUGGGACCGAUGA